CAACUGUCUAGAUCAGCUGAUGUAUUCUGUCAAUUUCAAAAUUUGACAAUUUGAUCAUGAUGGGGAAAAUUUCAGUGUAUUACGAAAUCAUAGAAAAUUAGAAAUAGAAGUUUUAAGUGUUACAAAUAAGUUUACCGUCACGUAGUCUAUUCCAACGCGGCCCAUGAUGUUGACCUAUUUAUUAAUAGGAAACGUUAGAUGACCAAAUCAGAUUCUAACCAACACCGCGUCUAGACGAACAAAAUGUCGAAGGUAAAAGAUGCACAGAUAAGUAAAACCCACAGUUUGAACCGUGACAUCACGGACUUGCUGAUGGGAGGGACGUCAGCCAUGUUUGCAACUCUGUUCACGAACCCUAUAGAAGUGGUGAAGACCAGAUUACAAUUGCAAGGGGAACUGAAAGCAAGGGGCAAACAUGAUGUCUUUUACAAAAAUGUCCCUCAUGCUAUAUUCGUCGUGGGCAAAACCGAAGGUCUGGGCGCUUUACAACGUGGAUUAACGGCUAUGCUGGGCUUUCAAUUCUUCUUAAACAUAUUCAGGUUAGGCUGUUUCCGAAUGGCAGAAAGAAGGGGCAUACUCAAAGAUGCUAGUGGGGCUACAUCGUUGCUCAAAGGUGCAGGAGUCGCUGGCGUUGGCUCCAUAGCUGGUACUCCAUUCUACCUGGUGAAAACUAGGCUUCAAUCUCAGGCAGCCAAAGCCAUAGCUGUGGGACACCAGCAUAAAGUUACCAGCACUAGUGGCGCUCUACUUGACAUAUUUAAGAGCGAAGGGUUCAAAGGUUUAUUCCGAGGCGUGGGUCCACAAAUACCUCGCGGCAUGGCGGGCAGUGCCUCCCAAAUCCUAAGCUUCACUUACGCUAAGGAGUGGCUGCGAGCACACAACUGGUUCACUCAGUACCCGCUGAUGCUGUCCUUCUUCGGAGCCAACCUUGGAGGAAUCGUCAUGACGCUGUGCUUAAACCCAUUCGAUGUUAUCGCCACCAGGCUGUGUAAUCAACCGGUUGACGCGAACAAAAAAGGGACGCUAUACAAAGGCAUGAUUGACUGCGGUUACAAGAUGAUCAGAUAUGAGGGCCCACGUUCCUUGUACAAGGGCCUCACAGCCAACUACAUAAGGCUAGGUCCUCACACGGUUAUCCUAUUGGUCUGCUGGGAUAAACUUAAAGAAAUCGACGACUACUUACGUAGCUGACAUACCUCGUAAAAUAAUUUUGGUUUUAGUAUAGUAGAGUUCAAGUGUCACUACGUUCAUGUAAACUUUUGUAACACUUUUCAAGCAUAAUUUUCAAAUAUUAAGGGCAUUAGUCGUGGCGUAAUAUUCUUGUGGAGAAUGCGCUGACCGUUUACCGUCAGACGGCCCGUAAAGAUAAAACCUCUUGUGUCGGGACAGAACGCCCCGGUUUCUUACAGUUGACAACACGCGUCACAAACGCAUUAUUGUCUCUUAAUAUAGUGAAUGUAUGAAACUGAAAAGUUUCUGGCGCGAAAAGAAAACGCCACGCCACAAUCAUGUUAUCAUAUAUUUGCUUUAAAAUAUAUUGCUACUAAAAGUAAUUGAAAAAAAAUGUAUAACAAAACAAAAUUAUACCGUACUUUAAAUAAUUUUGUGUUCAUUUUUAAGCGUAAUUUUUUUAAAAGGAAUCGUGCUCAUUAAUAAUUUGUACAAAUUAGUUUAUUAGUCAUAAAGUAUCUUAUAUAAAUAUACCUUCACUUUUAUAUACUUUUAAUUCUGAUAAAACCUGUAAAGGAGCGUGAUUACUUUUACCUUCUUGUUACCGUUAUUAUAUUUUAUAUGCUAAUGUUUUAAUUGGUAUAAAUAUAUAUUUUGAUCAUGUUAUGACAAUAAAUCAUUAUAUAAAAUAAGAUUUUACGUUUUAUUUUAUAUGGGUAUGCUUCAGCACGGAUGGGCCCGCCGAGUUUUGUUUCAUAGAUGCCAAUCUAUGAAACAAAACUUAAUGGUUUAUCAUUAUAUUAUGUAUAUAUUAAGCUGUAAAUUGCAAUAAAAAAAUUCUGACUACUUUAAAAAUGUUCAAACUCCAUCUUGGCAAGUUUAUUGAUGAACUAGCUACGCUCGGCUC